UGUAAGCUUUCUGAUUGGCUACUCGCUGCAGUGGCAAUACGCAUGCGCCUGUAUCUUUGAGCUUGGAGAACAGGCAGCUGCAACAGAACAGGGAGACUGUAGGCAGAUUACAUUGUACAUAAGAGCAGAUAUUAAGCUGCGUGGAUGGGAUGGAAGCAGGACCUUCUUCUGCAGCCCCGAGUGGCCUUGUUCCACCCCUACAGCAAGUGUUCCAAGCCCCGAGAAGGCCAGGAAUUGGUACUGUGGGGAAACCUAUUAAAUUACUUGCCAAUUACUUUGAGGUUGACAUUCCCAAGAUUGACGUCUAUCACUAUGAGGUGGACAUCAAACCAGAUAAAUGUCCUCGCCGUGUAAACAGGGAAGUUGUAGAGUACAUGGUACAGCACUUUAAACCACAAAUUUUUGGGGACAGAAAACCUGUGUAUGAUGGAAAGAAGAAUAUUUACACUGUCACUACACUUCCUAUUGGCCAUGAACGGGUGGAUUUUGAGGUAACUAUCCCUGGAGAAGGGAAGGAUAGGAUUUUUAAGGUAUCUAUUAAAUGGGUGGCAGUGGUGAGUUGGAGAAUGCUUCAUGAGGCACUUGGGAGUGGAAGAAUUCAGCUGCCCUUGGAGUCUGUGCAGGCUUUGGAUGUGGCAAUGAGGCACUUGGCAUCAAUGAGGUAUACCCCUGUUGGGCGUUCUUUCUUCUCUCCACCUGAGGGCUACUAUCACCCUCUUGGUGGUGGGCGGGAGGUUUGGUUUGGUUUCCAUCAAUCUGUGCGUCCGGCCAUGUGGAACAUGAUGCUCAAUAUUGAUGUCUCAGCAACAGCCUUCUAUAAAGCCCAGCCCGUCAUAGAGUUCAUGUGUGAGGUCCUGGAUAUACGAAACAUCGAUGAACAGCCAAAACCUCUCACAGAUUCUCAGAGAGUUCGCUUCACAAAGGAAAUCAAAGGCUUAAAAGUAGAAGUUACCCAUUGUGGGCAGAUGAAGAGAAAAUACAGAGUGUGCAAUGUUACCCGGAGGCCAGCCAGUCAUCAGACGUUCCCUCUACAGCUGGAGAGUGGUCAAACUGUUGAAUGCACAGUAGCACAGUAUUUUAAGCAGAAAUAUAACCUACAAUUAAAAUACCCCCACCUUCCAUGUCUCCAAGUGGGACAAGAGCAGAAACACACAUAUCUACCUCUGGAGGUCUGUAAUAUUGUCCCUGGCCAGCGAUGUAUUAAGAAGCUGACAGACAAUCAGACCUCCACUAUGAUCAAAGCUACAGCAAGAUCUGCUCCAGACAGACAGGAGGAGAUUAGCAGGCUGAUGAAGAAUGCCAGUUACAAUUUGGAUCCAUACAUUCAGGAAUUUGGGAUCAAAGUCAAAGAUGACAUGACUGAGGUCACAGGGCGAGUCCUCCCGGCACCCAUUCUUCAGUAUGGAGGAAGAAACAGAGCAAUUGCCACUCCUAACCAAGGUGUCUGGGACAUGCGAGGGAAGCAGUUCUACAAUGGCAUUGAGAUAAAAGUCUGGGCAAUUGCCUGUUUUGCUCCACAGAAGCAAUGCCGGGAAGAAGUGCUAAAAAAUUUUACUGACCAGCUUCGCAAAAUCUCUAAGGAUGCAGGAAUGCCAAUCCAGGGCCAGCCAUGCUUCUGUAAAUACGCGCAGGGAGCAGACAGCGUGGAGCCCAUGUUCAGGCACUUGAAAAACACUUAUUCUGGCCUACAGCUUAUUAUAGUUAUUCUGCCUGGAAAAACACCCGUAUAUGCGGAAGUGAAGCGUGUUGGGGAUACAUUGCUUGGGAUGGCUACUCAGUGUGUGCAGGUGAAAAAUGUAGUUAAGACUUCUCCUCAAACACUCAGCAACCUCUGCUUGAAGAUUAAUGUCAAGCUGGGUGGGAUCAACAACAUUUUAGUACCUCAUCAACGCUCAGCAGUCUUCCAGCAGCCAGUUAUAUUUCUUGGAGCAGAUGUGACACAUCCACCUGCUGGUGAUGGCAAGAAGCCCUCUAUUACUGCGGUUGUUGGUAGCAUGGAUGCCCACCCAAGUCGGUACUGUGCCACUGUGAGAGUUCAGAGGCCUCGACAGGAGAUCAUCGAAGACCUGUCUUAUAUGGUGAGGGAGUUACUUAUCCAGUUUUACAAGUCCACCCGCUUCAAACCAACUCGAAUAAUUUUCUACCGCGAUGGGGUUCCUGAAGGACAACUGCCCCAGAUCUUACAUUAUGAGUUGCUGGCAAUUCGAGAUGCCUGUAUCAAAUUGGAGAAGGACUAUCAGCCUGGCAUUACGUAUAUAGUUGUGCAGAAACGCCACCACACGCGACUCUUUUGCGCAGACCGCAGUGAGAGAAUUGGAAAAAGUGGAAACAUUCCAGCUGGAACAACUGUUGACACCAACAUCACACAUCCAUUUGAGUUUGAUUUUUACCUGUGUAGUCAUGCCGGUAUCCAGGGAACAAGCCGUCCCUCUCACUACUAUGUGCUUUGGGAUGACAACCGAUUCACAGCAGAUGAGCUCCAGAUUCUCACUUACCAGCUAUGUCACACCUAUGUGCGCUGUACACGCUCUGUCUCCAUUCCUGCACCAGCCUAUUAUGCUCGAUUGGUGGCAUUUAGAGCAAGGUAUCACCUGGUGGAUAAGGAACAUGACAGUGGAGAAGGCAGUCAUAUCUCUGGACAGAGCAAUGGGAGGGAUCCACAGGCCUUGGCAAAAGCAGUGCAAGUUCACCAGGAUACCCUGCGCACAAUGUAUUUUGCCUAAUGCACUUCAACAAGCCUUUUAAAUGGAUACCAUCUAUGUUAUGAAUUUUGUUACCCUCACAUGUACCUCAGUUGCUCAGAAGAGUUGGGCUGCCUUGGGCCUGAUCACUAGAGAAGAAGGGAUAUCUUAUUAAAAAAACACUUAUAGACCUAAUUAAGUCCAGUGGGACCAACAUGGAGAUCAGAGG